UAUAUAAAUUGAUUUCUUUUUUUAUUACAAUAUUACACGCAGAAGCUCUUUUUUAGAAUCGCAUUGGAAGAUGUCGAAUCAAGGCUUUGUCGUCGCAGAAUUCCCGGAUGGUAUUCAAGUAAUACCAAAAAUUUGGUUGCAAAAUAAAGAUAAAUGCAAAUAUCCCUCGCAUUUUAAGACGGAUAUAAAAAUCCGAAAAGCGGUAGAGAAACAGGAGAUACCAAAGUUUGAUUGGCCCGCAUUAGAAGUUAUAAGAAUUUUUGGCGAAUAUUCGUCCUUACAGAAGGCUUAUGCGAAGGCAGAGAAAGCUUUAUACACGUCAGAUAUGGACACGGAAAAGGAAGCAAAAUAUUACCGAAAACAUAGAGCGAGAAAAAUUUACUCUUCGUCGGAAAGCGAAGAAGAGUCUGGUGUAAAUUUGCCACCUGCUCCAUGUCCUCCUGCAAAACGUAACGUUAUAAGCAUUUUCAUUGCGCGCGCCCGCGCGUGUACGAUAUCUAUUGUGGAGAUAGUAUGGAUAUCUAUUAGAAAUCCAUCUGUUGUCCACCGUGGAGGUAGAGGUCGCAUGGAGGUAUGGAGGUUAUAUGGACGUCCAUUGGAUGUUUUGUUCCGUGUGGGUAUAGAUUUCGUCUGA